GAGCACAUAGGCUUGCUAAGACAACAACAGGCACCACCGAAGUACCAGGUUUUAGCAAAUCAUCAAUGGCUUCAGAGCUGCAACUUUCUGUCAGAAGGCUCUCCGCACUUCUAAAGCACUGCUUUCCUUCUCCUUCUUCAUUCUUGGUCAGGUCACGUUCUCUUCUUAUACAAUCCUCAAGAACUAUCAACCACCAUUCAAGCAGUCAUUCUCCUCCUCUUUCAAGAACCUUCUACUCUUCUCCCUUGUUAAAUCUCAACUCAACCGACACUGAAGGUCCUGCUGCCAUUGAUUACCGUUCGCUUUUACAGGAGGAUGAAUUUCACUCUCUAGCUGAUUCAACUAUUCAUGACCUUCAAGAGAAAUUUGAGGAAUAUGGUGAUAGUGUUCAAAUUGAUGGCUUUGAUAUCGAUUAUGGGAAUGAGGUUUUGACUCUAAAGCUUGGAGAUUUAGGGACUUAUGUGUUGAAUAAACAAACCCCGAAUCGGCAACUUUGGUUAUCUUCCCCUGUGAGUGGUCCAUCAAGGUUUGAUUGGGAUCGAAGUGCUCAAGCUUGGGUGUAUAGACGGACGAAAGCAAAUUUGUUAAAUGUCUUGGAAAGUGAAAUGGGGCAACUGUUUGGUGAACCUAUCAAACUUGCUUAAGAAACGUUGCUAAUUGAAUUAUAAGAUGUAUUGCGGAAUUUCUUUUCCUGGAAAUUUAUAUGUACUGUUUUUGUGCUUUGAUUUCUUUUCUAAAUCAUUACUGUAUUGUUCCUUUUUCAGUUUAAUGUAGGGAGAAAAAAACCCUAGUAAACCAGAGUUUCCUUCCAACAUUUUUAUUGGUCCUAUAAUUCUCAUCCGAAAUAAGAAAUCAGAAAUUCUCUCUUGUCUGACAAAUAA